AUGCUAAUGCACCUUGCAGACCAACUGAGAAAAUCUGGUAUUGCUUUCGAAGACAAAACUCAGUGGAUAAGGUGUUUUCCACAUGUUGUCAACAUCGCAGUGAAAGCAGGACUCAAGCAGCUAACAGAGCUUCUCAAUCCCGAGGAUGAAGAUCUACUAGAAUUUUUUGCUGACAAGGACAUUGACUGGGCAAAGGUCCUCACUGAGGAUACUGCCUAUGUUGAGUCUUUGCAGACUGACGUUGUUGCUCGCUGUCACAGUCUUGUGAAAGCAAUCAGAGGCUCUGGACAGCGGAGAGAUGACCUCGGAGCAUCCAUCACGCAUGUGAAUGCUGAAAGCGCAGCACUUGGGCUUGAGGUGGAUCCCAUUCCUGAUUAUGCACUUCUCAGGGAUGUCGACACGCAUUGGUCAUCAACUUUCCUGAUGAUUGAUCGCAUGCUACAGCUUUACCCUGCUGUUGAACACUACUUGUCCGUGCACACUGAAAUCAAGCACUCUGGUCUCAGCGAGAAGGAUCUCAAAGUAUUGGCCGAUAUUUGA